AUGCCCGUCAUCACGAAUCAAAUCAUCAACAAGGUCACGCAAACCCUUCUUGUCUUCACUCCACCACCAUUGCCUCAUUCUUCCUCCCUCUGCGCGCACUCGACCCUCACCACGACGAGCUCGUCUCACCGCUAUUUGGACGACACUAUGGAUGCUAACCACUGCUGUCAGCUGCGCUACCCUCAAUCUCACCACGCAACAUUCAGCCUUCGUGGCACUGUGCACCAGGGAGCUACUGCCCACUACCGCCUUCAACACCGCGUGGCAGUCGGCUUCACCGCCUUGUCGAACUUGGACGGGGUUCAUGCCGGUGCAUCCCAUAACGGUCGUCUGAGGGGGAACUUAUGCUCAGAGGAUGAAUCUAUGCCGCUAGAUUCGCUGUUCAAGCUGGGAGGGGGGGACCUCUGUCGGUACACUAUGCCGCACGAAGGCGUCGGAGAUGAUCUACGCGCCACGGUGAACCUCUAUCGGGAGGGUGAACCUUUGCUGAUUUAUUGCGAGCCACUGCCUGGAUUGUCCAUACUUGUUUGCGCGCUGCUUGACGGCAUCCAUGGGCAUCACCAAAUAAUCUCGAUUUUGACCUCUCGGAGCCUUGUUCACCCGCAGCCAAAUUCUUCUGCCAAGAGCCUCCGCAUCGACACUGCCCAUCAACAGCUGUGUCCGCAUCAGGGCCAUCACGUCGCAUCAAGCGCAUCAGCUGUGUCCGGGCCGCCGGAGGCACACAUACCGCCUCGGCUGCAACUGGGUCGUCUGUGCCUGGUCGGCACCUGGUGUGCGACUGUCCUUCGUUGUCUCUCGGCAACCAUCCCAUGGCUGCCUUCUGCACUGUUUGGCUGCACUCCCUUCGCUAUCUUUGAUGAUAUCCCAGCGCUUGAUUUGAUCUCGGCGACCUGCCUGUCGAGCCACCCACUUGCUGCCGCGUCGCCGUCCUCCAGCCUCGCAUUGCGCCAUCCCCUGCUGUCAUCUCUUUCACCCGCUCUCCCAGCCGGGCCGACAUGCAGACCGCUGCCGCGUUGCACCACGGCCGUUGCUUUCCAGGUCAAUUCUUCACGUGUUCAUACUCUGGUCACGCUCUCGGCUGGGUUCGCCUUGUCUCAGCCCCGCCGCCGUUUCCGGGCCGGUUGCGCGUCUCCCGACAGGCUGCACCACUUUGGCUGUCGCGGUCGUUUUGAUGGUAUUCCUAAGGUCUGGGCCGCCGGAGGCCAACGAAGCUGUCGGCUGUGUGCUGCCGCACAUGCCGCAGCGGCGCCGAUUAACCGGGCAUGUGAAGAUGGAGCUUGGGUCGAUAACGCGUCCGGGCACCUCUCUCACUUUCUCUGCCGUGCUUUUCGGCCCGCCGCCCUCAAAUUGAUGGUGCCGCCGGAGGCCAACGCCAACGCGGGCCUGCAACGCUGUCGGCUAUGUGGACGGCGCGGUACGACUUAUUGCGGGAGCGAAAUGGCGGGGCCAUGGGGCAAGAGGGUGGAUAGAGCGCUGUUUGUUGGGCUGCACGAUGGAGCAGGAGACGGUGCUUAUGGUGUUAGGGCGGAUGGCGCGAAAGGACGCGUCAAAACGGACUCAGGGCUGACGUGGCACAUCCCCGUCGCUGGCUAUGAAGACAAGGUCGAUGAGGUUGCGCGGGAGCGGGGUUACAAGAACAGGGACACGAUUAACGUGUCGAGGGAGGGCAUGGGCGAGGCCUACGAGGCGAAGAUUAGGGGGUUCUUCGAAGAACACAUGCACGAGGACGAAGAGAUCCGAUACAUACUGAGCGGGAGCGGCUUCUUCGAUGUCCGCGAAACACCGUCUGACGCUUGGAUUCGGGUGGCUGUUCAGCCCGGCGACCUACUUGUCCUGCCUGCUGGCAUCUACCAUCGCUUUACUCUGGACGAGCGGGACAACAUCAAGGCCCUGCGGCUAUUCCAAGACGAGCCAAAGUGGAUUCCCCACGCGCGAAGCAGUGCGACUGAUAUCAACGACCAUCGCGUGGGCUACCUGCGAGCCAUAGGAGUCGGCGCUUGA